AUGGCUGGAUUCGAGGACUUCUGCGCGUCGCUCGGGCUCUCCGUGGGAAUCGGGAAGUUCCUUGUGUGCUACCUGAUCAGCAUCCCCUGCUGCUUCCUCCAGCGCCUCCUCCCCGCCGGCACCGUCCGCCAUAUCUGGGCCACGCUCUCGGGUCUCGUGCUCACGUACAUUGCGUUCGGAUAUGAGUCUCUGGGGCAUUGCGUGGUGGCGUGCGUGGUGGCGUACGGAUCCAUGCUCGUGUACCGGAAGAAAUGCGGGGUGAUCACCUUCUUCACCACCUUCAUCUACCUCAUCGGCUGCCAUGUGUUUUACAUGAGCGGCGAUUCGUGGCGGCAAGGAAACAUCGACUUCACUGGGGCCAUGAUGAUCCUCGUGCUCAAGGUCACGUCCGUCGCCUACGACUACCAGGACGGCGGCAAGCCGCGCAAGCCGGAAGAUGCCAAGACGGCGGCGAUCAGCGACGCGCCGAAGCCGAUCGUGGCGAUGCCGAGUCUGCUGCAGUUCCUGGGCUACACCUUCUGCUGCGGGCUGCACUUCGCCGGUCCCUUCUACGACUUCUCCGCCUACAACGACUGGAUCAACCGCAAGGGGAUCUGGGCGCCAGGCACGCGCACGGCGCCCGCGCUGGUGCCGUUCCUGCGCGCGUUCAUCCAGGGCAUCGUGGCCGCCGUGAUCCAGCUCAAGCUCGCGUCCAUCCUCGAUAUAGACAUCCUCAAGACGCCCAGUGUGUACUUCGCAAUGCCGUACUGGCGGCGGUUCCUGUUCAUCUACCACGCGUGCGAGGUCACCCGCUGGAAAUACUACUUCAUCUGGUCCAUCUCCGAAUCAGCCAUGAUCGCCGCUGGGCUGGGCUUCAGCGGGUGGGUUCGCAAGAUUGGCAAGGGGGACGAGGGCGGAAAGGAGAACGGGGGGAAGGCGGACGGGGAGGGGAAGGAGAAGCGCGUGGGCGGGAGCUUCACGGAGGUGGCGUCGUGGAAGCGCGCGCAGAACUGCCACAUUCUGGGUGUCGAGCUCGCGACCAGCACGGCCACACUCGCCACCAACUGGAACAUCUCCGUCGGCCUCUGGCUGCGCACCUGUGAGUCAUCCGACUUCGUACCUGAUGCAGCUCCCUCAGCAGUGGUGAUUCGCAUGCGGCCUCUGGCUGCGCACCUAUGUGUACGAGCGGCUGGUGCCAGCUGGUGGAAAGCCCGCAUUCGUACAUCUGCUGCUCACGCAGAUCGUCAGCGCGCUCUGGCAUGUGAGUACUGGGGUUUGGGUCUGUACCCUGGCUACCUGCUCUUCUUCGUUGGCGUGGCUCUUGAGAUCGCCGGCUCACGAGUGAUUUACAAGUAUGAGCGUGCCAUCCCUCCUCAAGCAACCUUCCUGAAGGGCUUGGCCACGGUGCUCCAUGCCAUCUAUGCGUGCUUCUGCAACAACUAUGUUGCUAUUGGCUUCAUUGUGUUGACAGCACAGGAGACCAUCACAGCAUACAAGGGGCUGCUCUAUCUGGGCAACAUCGUGCCACUUGCCAUUGUAAUCCUCGGAAACUUCCUCCCCUCGCCGCGACCCUCUCGUCGCGCCAAGACCGAGUAA